AUGAAGGCACCUCGACUGGGACCCGAGUGCACGAUUGUCGGUACUGAUGUAGCUGUCGACACUGUUUCAGUGGCCGGUAUAAGCGGAGAACUGCUGGUUGGUGUUGGCGACGCCGAUGUGGAUGUCGUGGACGUCGUUGACUUCGGGGAUAUUAUAGUAGAUGUAGUAAUAGUCCUUGAAGAAGUCGUUCUCGUCGCUAUAGUGGUGGUAGUGCUGGACGAGGUAGUCCGAGAAGAAGUCGAAGUUGAUUCUUCCGGCGUCCGCGCGCUGCUGGUCGUAGACGACGAUGACUUCGUCACCUCAUCACCAUCAUUAUCCGGGCAUAUACCAGUAUUGCAAGGGUCUACCGAACAGCAUCCUCGAUAG